AUGGCUACUCUUCCACUUCUUCACUCACGUAUUCCCUACUUUGAUACACUACUACUAAUUUCAGAAAUCAAAAUGGAUUCACCGCCCUUGAUGACAAGCCUUGGGCUAUUUAUUAUUGAUGAAAAUCAAUAUCCACCGUCCUGGAACAGAACUCCAGAGCUAGAUAUUAUUGGUGGAGGACUAUCGUAUGCGGUAAUUGGUGCUAGAAUAGUUUCCGGUCCAAAGUACUCGAAACGCAUCACAGGCAUUGUAGACAUGGGCCUGGACUUCCCGCCUGCAAUCAAGAAGGAGAUUGAUUCAUGGGGUACAGGCCUAGUUUUCCGUUCUGACUUUAGUCGGAUGACAACUAGAGGCAUCAAUAUCUACAGAGAGGACGGAGUGAGAGACUUCAAGUACAUAAGCCCAAAGAAGAGGAUUUUAGGAGAAGACAUCUUAGAAGUACAGCCACUUGCUAAUCUGCGUACAUAUCAUUUUUGUUGCGCAAUUGAUCGUUGUGAAAGUACAAUCGAUGACUUUUUGGAGCGAUCCAGUCUGCAUGGAUUUUCCAAGCCCAAAUUUAUCUUUGAGCCAUUUCCAGACGUUUGCGUCCCGCAAAACCUUGAUGCUUUGGAAAGCAUGCUCCACAAGGUUGAUGUAUUUUCGCCAAACUUACAUGAGUCUGCCAGCUUUCACCAGUUGGAGAAGUCAGCACCAAGUGAGAAGUUGAUCCGUGGGCUAGCUGAAAAAUUUCACAAAUUUCAAACCUCUGAUGGUGGAGUUGUUCUCAGAUGUGGCGAGCUUGGCUGCUAUGUUCUCUCGGACACAGUGUCUAUUAUGUUACCAGCCUACCACAUCGAUCAAGAGAAGGUUGUAGAUGUCACUGGAGGUGGCAAUUCGUUCUGCGGAGCAUUUGUGACUGCAUUGGAAUUGAGCGGCGAUUGGCUUCUUUCCGCUGUGCUUGCUACUGUGGCCAGUGGUAUUGUAAUUGAGAAGCUAGGUAUGCCAACUUUAGAAAAUGAAUUUUGGAACAACGAGACUGUGAAGGAGAGAUUGACUAUUUACAUUGACAGGAAUAGAUCAUUGCUUCUGAAGUUAAAUGUGAGUUUGAUAGAUCAUUGGUGA